UACCGGAAAGAAGUUUCCCAGGAUCUGUCACUCCCUUCACCUCAGUAGCUUGGUGGAUGAUGCUGCUAACGAGCAGAGAAGAGGUACCUCAGAAUUUGAUCGUCUUUGCAAAAUCAAGCCACUAUACAGUGAGAUUAGGGAUGCAUGCAAAAUAAACUAUCACCCUGGCCAGGAAAUUUCAAUUGAUGAGCGGAUGGUUGCCUCUAAAGCGCGUAUCGGGAUUAAACAGUUCAUGAAAAAUAAGCCUUGUCGCUGGGGUUAUAAACUUUUCGUACUGGCGGACUCGAGCAAUGGGUACACAUGGGACUUUUUUGUGUAUGAAGGAAAGUUGCAGGGAAACAGUGGGAAAGGACUCAGUUAUGAGUCAGUAAUGGAGCUUGUUGACACACAGUUGCUUGGCACGGGUAACAAGCUCUUUGUUGACAAUUUUUAUACAAGUCCCUCCCUUUUCUGUGAUCUCCUUCAAAAGAGGAUCUGGGCAUGCGGAACGAUACUCACAAACAGAAUUGGUUUUCCAAAAACCAAAAUAAACACUCUGGUUUCGAAAUCUUUGCGUAGGAGCAUACGGUGGAUCAGAAAUGACUCCCUCCUCUUUGUGCAAUGGCGAGACACAAGGGAUGUUUUUAUGUGCACAACACUCCACACAGCCCAUGGGGGGGACACUGUUCAGAGAAGAGUGAAAGAUGCAGAUGGGCACUGGGUUUUGAAGAACAUCUCUGUUCCACCAGCAGUGAAGGAGUACAACUGGUUCAUGGGUGGAGUGGAUCUUUCAGAUUCGCUGAUCAAUUAUUACAAAGUCAUCCACAAGACCCAGAGGUGGUAUAAGACAUUGUUUUAUCACUUUAUAGACAUUGCUAUUGUGAAUGCGUUCUUGCUUUACAAGGAUCUUACCAAAGGUAAAGGAGAGGUACCCAUGCACCAAAAGGCAUUCAGAGAGACACUUGUUGAGGAGCUGGCAGCAGCAGCAAAAAUUCCUGCUCCAUCGUCCACUCCAUGCAGCAAACAUCACAAGCCUGUGCAUAUCACUGCACAUAGCACCAUGGGUCGUCUGAGGUGCAGACAGUGCCAAGCAAAGACAUCAGUGAAGUGCUCCUCCUGUGACAUACCGUUGUGCUUUGUGCCAAAUCGUGAUUGUUACAAUGAGUGGCAUGAUGCCAAUAACUUGUCAAAUAUAAUUGUACAAUUUGUAAAUAGUUAUGGUCUUACAUAUUGACUUAUAUAUGGUUUUAUAUAAGGUCUUCAUUGAUAGAUAGAUAUAUGUGGUCUUAUGUUAAGUUUUAAUACCAUAGCACUUGUUUUGUAUCUGUACACACUAUAA